UUGGAGGGCUCACCUCCAUCUCCUCCAAUGGAAAUGAGCCAGAGGCGGGUCUAGUGGCGGAAGGAGCAUGGCGUGGAGACAGCUCAAAAAGCGGGCCCAGGAUGCUGUGGUCAUCCUGGGGGGUGGAGGACUUCUCUUCACUUCCUACCUGACGGCUAUGGGGGAUGAACAUUUCUACACUGAACACUUGAUGCCGGCUAUGCAGAGGCUUCUGGACCCUGAGUCAGCCCACAGGCUGGCCGUUCGCCUCACCUCCCUGGGGCUCCUUCCUCGUGCCACGUUUCAAGACUCUGACAUGCUGGAAGUGAGAGUCCUGGGCCAUAAAUUCCGAAAUCCAGUUGGAAUUGCUGCAGGAUUUGAUAAACAUGGGGAAGCUGUGGAUGGACUUUACAAGAUGGGCUUUGGUUUUGUUGAGAUUGGCAGUGUGACUCCGAAACCUCAGGAAGGAAACCCCAGGCCCAGAGUCUUCCGCCUCCCUGAGGACCAAGCAGUCAUUAACAGUCAGAAGUAUAGUGGAAAUGACCAUGAAGCCAUCUCUCCAAAGUCUCUGCCUUUGGCUGAGGGCUCUAACCUCGUCCCUCCCUACCCACUUCUGUGCUAUAGAUACGGAUUUAACAGUCACGGACUCUCGGUGGUGGAACACAGGUUGCGGGCCAGACAGGAGAAACAGGCCAGGCUCACAGAAGAGGGGCUGCCACUGGGAAUAAACCUGGGGAAGAAUAAGACCUCGGUGGACGCUGCUGCGGACUACGCGGAGGGGGUUCGCGUCCUGGGCCCCUUGGCGGACUACCUGGUAGUGAACGUGUCCAGUCCCAACACCGCUGGGCUGCGGAGCCUUCAGGGAAAGGCGGAGCUGCGCCACCUGCUGACCAAGGUGCUGCAGGAGAGGGACACCCUGAAGGGAGCACGCAAGCCAGCCGUGCUGGUGAAGAUUGCACCCGACCUCACAGCCCAGGACAAGGAGGAUAUUGCCAAUGUGGUGAGAGAGUUGGGCAUCGAUGGAUUGAUUAUCACCAACACCACAGUGAGCCGCCCUGCCAGCCUCCAGGGUGCCCUGCGCUCUGAAAUAGGAGGGCUGAGUGGGAAGCCCCUCCGGGACUUAUCAACCCAAACCAUCCGGGAGAUGUAUGCACUCACCAAAGGCGGAGUCCCCAUCAUUGGGGUCGGCGGGGUCAGCAGUGGGCAGGACGCGCUGGAGAAGAUCCGGGCGGGGGCCUCCCUGGUGCAGCUGUACACGGCCCUCACCUACCGCGGGCCGCCCGUGGUGGGCAGGGUCAAGCGGGAGCUGGAGGCCCUUUUGAAGGAGCAGGGUUUUACCAGAAUCACAGAUGCCAUUGGAGCAGAUCAUCGGAGGUGAGGACGUUGUUGGUGGCAAGCCUGAUCUGGAAUCUUCUAAAGCAGGCGGGCCUUUGUGGCUGAAUUGAGAGAGGAGAGCGAUAUUCCCCAACCCACAAGAGCCCUUCCUCCGGCCCGACUUUUGUCAAAGCCAAUCAUGAGUGUCACCGGAAUCAAUACACGGCUUUCUUUAAUCGCUUGUCGGACCAUGAACUGCAUUCAUGAUUCUUUCUAGACUCAAAUCUCUUUAAUAGUGCAAGGACAUUAAAAUACUUGAGGGAAAUAUAAAGCCAUUUAAAACCUGGAUUUAAAUCCCAGCCCUUUCUGGAAGGCCCCCGGGCUUUGCCCCGAUGCUGCAGGUCCUCGCAGGCCUGUGCUGCCUUGGAUCUGCACCGGGCUCCCGAUGAGCUUGACUCUCUUUCAUUCUGUCUUCACUUUUAUUUAUUUUAAGUUUUCACUUUAUUUUGAAAAUAUUUAGAACAGACAAAGUCGCAAGAAUCGGGCUCGUGGGUGGCCAUCCUCUGUCUUCACAUCGUCUUCCUUCUGUGAGUCCGGGUCCUCAUCUUUUCUUAUAAGGACGCCAGUCAUGUCGGAGUGGGCCCCACCCUGAUGGCCUCAAUUUCAUUUGAUUCCCUUGGUAAAGAUAGGAUCUGGAAAGACCCUCUCUGCAAAUAAGGGCACGUUCUGAAGUUCAAGGGUUUAGGAUUUAACAUAGCAAUUUUGGGGAGACACAAUUCAACCCGUCACAGGAAAAUGUGCUUGCUGUCCCCUUUCUUUAUUAUCUGUGACUUGGAGUGCCAUCGGGCAGACAGGGUUCUCAAGGUGCUUGAAGACAAUAGACAAGAUGCUAAAGAGGUGUACUGUUAACUAAAGAGAUCGAGCAACACCAGUUUUUUCAAUACCGAAAAGCAAAUGGCAGAGAGAAGCUGGAAACCUUGUCUGGGCAGUGUUGUUGGGGUCUGGCGUGCCCUCACAGCCGUCAGAAACUCCCUUUGUUCCCAUCACCUCAAUACGGAUUUUAUUCUAAAUUCGAUUUCUCAGAAGCUCUGCGAGAGGCCCAGGAUGGUAACGGCGCUGAUGUAUCCCGUCGCCUCGUGGUUGAAUCUUGGCCUCAGCCCCGCCCUCCUGUAUCUGCUCACUCUCUGUCACGAAACCCUCAGCCAGCCUCCUGCUCUCCUUUUCAAAGACCUUUCUCUUGUUUUUUGCUUUUUAAAAAAUAGCCCCCAAAUAAAAGUUGUGGACCUCUUUUCCCCCUUAAAUAACUCUGUUUCCCAGAGGUAAUCACAGGUAACUUUUGAAUCUAUCUUGCUAAAUUUUUCCAGAUAUUUUUCUUUUUAUAUACAAACACAUGUGUCUAUAGCUAUCUUUUUUCUCUCUCUGCACACACAUGUAUAGAAUAAUUUCAGGAAAAUAAUACAAAGAACUGUUUUUUAAUACCAACUCAUAUGAGAAUAAAUUGCUGGUCUGGUGCUCCAUCAUCCUGAA